UAUCAUCAUCUUCGUUCACAGCAUGUCAACUCUAGUACCUGAACUAUGAUCCUCAUUCCCUCCAAAACAUGGAAGAAACAAGAAAACUAAUGAAAGCAAUUCAUCAAAACAGCAACAACCCCGAAUUAGCAUGGCAUCUCUUCAAGCGAAUCCUCUCUUCUCCCUCCACCUCCACUUUAUCUCACCACCACAUCCCCACCAUCACCCGCAUUCUCCUCUCCGCCAACAUGCACCACGAAAUCAACCAUCUAACCCAACUCAUCACCUCCAACCACCCCAACACCGCCCAUCACUCCCUCAUUUCAAUUCUCCGUAUAUUAGCCCAAUCACCCCACCACAUUGAUUCCGCCUUUUCCCAUUUCAAAUCCCUCAGAACCCAAUUCCCAUCAUCUCCUCUCCCUCUUCCACUCUACCACCUCCUCCUCCGUUCCAGCCUCCAACAAAACCGUCCGCAUUUCGUUACUUCUUUAUACACUGACAUGAUUCAGACAGGUGUUAAUCCUCAAACCUACACUUUUAAUCUCUUGCUUCAAUCACUUUGUGAGUCUAACGCUCUUGACCAUGCCCUCCAACUGUUUGAUAAAAUGUCUGAAAAGGGGUGUCAGCCUAAUGAGUUCACUGCUGGGAUUCUUGUUCGCGGGUUUUGUCGAGCAGGGAAAACGAAAGAGGCGUUGGAGUUUGUUGACAAGAAGUUAUGUUUUAAUGUUAAUAGGGUUGUGUUUAACACUCUUGUUUCUAGCUUCUGUAAACAGGAUAUGAAUGAUGAGGCUGAGAAAUUAGUUGAGAGGAUGAGAGAGAAGGGUUUGUUUCCGAAUGUUGUUACUUUUAAUUCUAGGAUAUCUGCACUUUGUAGAGCAGGGAAGGUUUUCGAGGCGUCGAGGAUUUUCAGGGAUAUGCAGAUGGAUGGAGAAUUGGGACUUCCGAAGCCUAAUGUUAUAACUUUUAAUUUGAUGCUUAAGGGGUUUUGCCAGCAAGGGAUGAUGGAGGAGGCAAGGUCUUUGGUUGAAACUAUGAGGAAAGGUGGAAAUUUUGUAAAUUUGGAAAGUUAUAAUACGUGGUUGUUGGGUUUGCUUAGGAAUGGGAAGUUGUUGGAGGCUCGAUCGGUUCUUGAUGAAAUGGUGGAUAAUGGUGUUGAACCGAAUAUUUAUUCGUAUAAUAUUGUGAUGGAUGGACUAUGCAGGAACCAUAUGCUGUUGGAUGCCAGAAAGUUGAUGGAUUUGAUGGUAAGUAAUGGUGUUUACCCGGAUACUGUUACUUACACUACUCUCCUACAUGGCUAUUGUAGCAAAGGGAAGGUUUUUGAAGCUAAAGCUGUUCUUAAUGAAAUGAUAAGGAAAGGCUGUCAUCCUAAUACUUAUACUUGCAACACGUUGCUGAAUAGCCUGUGGAGAGAAGGGAGAAAAGUAGAGGCUGAGGAAAUGCUGCAAAAGAUGAAAGAAAAGAAUUAUCAGUUAGAUACUGUGACCUGCAAUAUCGUGGUCAAUGGUCUGUGUAGAAACGGAGAAUUGGAGAAAGCAAGUGAAGUUGUAAGUGAGAUGUGGACUGAUGGAACAAAUUCCAUUAGUAAAGAAAACUCUUUUGCUGGUCUAGUUGAUUCAGUCCACAAUGUACCAACCAGCAUGCCUGAUGUGAUCACUUACACAACCUUAAUUAAUGGACUUUGCAAGGUUGGGAGGCUGGAGGAAGCCAAAAAGAAAUUUAUUGAGAUGAUGGCGAAAAACUUGCACCCUGAUUCUGUGACUUAUGAUACGUUUGUAUUGAGUUUUUGUAAGCAAGGGAAGAUAUCAUCGGCUUUACGUGUAUUGAAAGAUAUGGAGAGAAAUGGUUGCAGCAAGACUCUUCAAACUUAUAAUUCACUAAUCUGGGGACUAGGAAGUAAAGGGCAAUUAUUUGAAAUAUACGGAUUAAUGGAUGAGAUGAAAGAAAGAGGAAUACGUCCAGAUAUUUGCACUUACAAUAAUAUGAUUAGCUGUCUCUGUGAAGGAGGGAAAGCAAAGGAUGCAACUUCUCUUUUACAUGAACUGUUAGAUAAGGGCAUAUCUCCCAAUGUAUCUUCCUUCAAAAUAUUGAUUAAAGCCUUCUGCAAGUCUGGAGAUUUUAAAGUAGCCUGUGAACUUUUUGACGUAGCUUUGAGUGUAUGUGGCCAUAAAGAAGCUUUGUACAGUUUGAUGUUCAAUAAAUUACUUGCCGGUGGAAAACUCUCUGACGCAAAGGAGCUAUUUGAAGCUUCUUUAGAAAGAUCUCUCUUGUCAAAGAAUUUCAUGUAUAAAGAUUUGAUUGACAAACUUUGCAAGAAUGAAAGGUUAGAUGAUGCCCACUUCCUUCUUCAGAAAUUGAUUGGUAAAGGAUAUGGCUUCGACCACUCAUCAUUCAUACCUGUGAUUGAUGGCUUAAGUAAAAGGGGAAAUAAACAACAAGCUGAUGAACUAGCAAGAAUAAUGGAAUUGGCUUUAGAAGGUAGAUCUGCAGAUAGGACUUGUCGAAAUGGAAACACUGUCUUUCGUCAUAAAUUACACAAGGAUGGUGGAAGUGAUUGGCAGGAUAUAAUUAACAGAGAUGUUGGCAGUGGAAUCGCAUUGAAAACUCUGAAGCGUGUAGAAAAAGGCUGGGGUCAAGGAAGUAUAUCGAGUUUGCUGCCUCAAAAGAAUGAUUUUCUUGAUUACUAAUGGUAGCAGUUUACAUUGGUUUGAGGUUGGAGAUGCUGAAGACCAACUUGUACUAACUUGGUAUAAACCAACACGCUCCAGAUUCCUUCCAAAUCUAAUUUGAAUGAUCCUAAUUCAUAUAUAAACAUUGGUUGAAAUAAGUUGGAACCAUUGGCUUUGGGGAUUGUCUAAACAUGAAGAAUCAU